AUGGUCAAGGUUAACAUUUUGGCUGAAUGCCUUAAGGAUUUAGUUAAUGCCGAAAAGAUGGGUAAGAAGCAAGUUCUCUUAAGACCCGUUUCCAAGGUCGUCCUCAAGUUCUUAAGAAUUAUGUAAAAGAACGGUUACAUUGGUGAAUUCGAAGUUAUCGAUGACCACAGAUCCAAGAAGGUCGUUGUUGAACUUAUUGGCAGAAUUAACAAAUGCGGUGUUAUUUCUCCCAGAUAUGACGUUCCUCUUGCUGACUUCGAAAAGUGGACUAACAAUAUCCUUCCCUCCAGACAAUUCGGUAAUGUUGUUCUCACCACCACUUACGGUAUUCUUACUCACGAAGAAUGCAGAAAGAGACACACUGGUGGCAAGAUCCUCGGUUUCUUCUAUUGA